UACCCCACCACAAAUUCCCAAGCUGCCACAACCCAACCAACAAACCUACCGUUCACAUCACCAUACAUGAUCAUACCAUCACAUUACGAUCGCAUCCUGCACGUCUACGACGCCUGAACUUCGAUUUUAGGGCAAAUCAACUUCACGAGCUGAGAGAUCAUGGCCGACGCCGAUUUGGAACAGAUCCGCAAAGCUCGCCUCGAGCAGCUCAAAGCACAGCAAGGAGGUGGAUCACAGGGAGGAGCAUCAGGCGGACACAACGAAGCUGAAGCACAGAGACAGCAAGAAGCCGAAGCCCGCCAAUCGAUCCUGAACCAGAUCCUGCAUCCCGAGGCCGCGGACCGACUGGGCCGCAUCCGACUGGUCAAGGAGUCGCGCGCCGCCGACAUCGAGAACAGACUGAUCACGCUCGCGCGGACAGGCCAGCUGCGGCAGAAGGUCACCGAGGCGCAGCUCAAGGAACUCCUGGCGGCCGUGGCGGAGAAUAAAGAGGAGGAGAAGAUUGUGGUGAAUCGAAGGAAGGGAUGGGAUGAUGAGGAUGAUGACUUGUUGGAUUUGUGAAGUGGGGGGAAGCAACACUGGUAGCAAGGGAGAGAGGCUUGGGGCACUGAAUACGUGAAAGAACCAAGGAGAGAGAGCGCAUAGCAAGGAUGACCUCGAUCGGAAACAAGACAUAUUUGGUUGGCAGCUUCGCUUCGCGAUGAACAAGAUUGCAUGGCAUGGCGUUUCUUUGGGGAUGGAGGGACUUUUCGGUCAGGGGGGUAUUAUCUCCAAGUCUAUCUAUCUGAUUUUAUCAUUAC